AGCAACUUUUGAAGAGUUGAGUCUGUGGAGUGGAUUGAGGCAGAGGCAGUCACCUCAGGUACUUGAGACAUGGCUGCUGUUGUCUUCAUAGCCUUCCUGUAUUUGGGAGUGGCCUCAGGUGUUCCAGUACUUGAUUCAAGUUUGGAUGCUGAAUGGCAAGACUGGAAGAUAAAGUAUAACAAAUCAUAUAGCCUGAAGGAAGAAAAACUGAAGAGAGUGGUUUGGGAAGAAAAAUUGAAAAUGAUCAAACUACACAACAGGGAGAACAGCCUGGGUAAGAAUGGCUUCACCAUGAAAAUGAAUGAAUUUGGUGACCAGACUGAUGAAGAAUUCAGGAAAAUGAUGAUUGAAAUUUCAGUUUGGACUCACAGAGAGGGGAAAAGUAUCAUGAAACGGGAAGCUGGCAGUAUUCUCCCCAAAUUUGUCGAUUGGCGAAAGAAAGGAUAUGUGACUCCUGUACGGAGACAGGGAGAUUGUGAUGCUUGUUGGGCAUUUGCUGUGACUGGUGCCAUAGAAGCACAGGCAAUCUGGCAAACGGGCAAACUCACCCCUCUGAGUGUGCAGAACCUGGUGGACUGUUCUAAACCUCAAGGCAACAAUGGUUGUCUUGGUGGUGAUACAUACAAUGCCUUCCAGUAUGUUUUGCACAAUGGUGGUCUGGAGUCUGAGGCAACAUAUCCAUAUGAAGGGAAAGAUGGACCAUGCAGGUAUAAUCCAAAGAAUUCUAAGGCUGAAAUCACAGGAUUUGUGUCCCUCCCCCAAAGUGAGGAUAUCCUAAUGGCUGCUGUAGCAACUAUUGGGCCCAUCACUGCUGGAAUUGAUGCUUCACAUGAGUCUUUCAAGAACUAUAAGGGAGGUAUUUACCAUGAGCCAAAUUGUAGCAGUGAUACUGUGACUCAUGGAGUCCUCGUGGUUGGUUACGGAUUUAAGGGAAUUGAGACCGAUGGUAAUCACUACUGGCUGAUCAAGAAUAGCUGGGGUAAACGAUGGGGCAUUAGAGGCUACAUGAAGCUCGCCAAAGACAAGAACAACCACUGUGGAAUUGCUUCAUAUGCUCACUACCCUACUAUUUGAGCAACCUGGUGGCCACAAGGAAGGUUUUGGCACAAGACAGCAUUUCUAGGGGAGGGCUAUCUGCUAGUCAGCGACCAGCCUUUGCUUGGUAUAUUCAAGACUUGUGUCCCUGAAGAGCAACCUUGUAAUGUGAUUCUGGGACCCUUCAACUAUUUUGACAUCAUGAACACUAUUGCUCUAACUAACGUAUGUUUAUUAUUCCUUCAAAAAAAUCAGCUUUACCGAUUGUGCAAAUAAAAUCCUUUAAAAAAUAAAAUGCAA